AUGUUUGAAGAUCGUGAGUUGUUUUGGCUAUUUUUUGCUAAUGCUGAAGAUUCCGGGAGUUGCAAGAUCCAGCGUCAUCAGUUCAAGGUGACUUUGGAGACGCCGGAUGGCACCUCGACCAUCGAGUGUCCGGAAGACGUGUACAUCCUGGAUCAGGCUGAGGAGGACGGAAUCGAGCUGCCGUACUCCUGCCGCGCUGGCUCUUGCUCCAGCUGCGCCGGCAAGGUCCUGUCGGGCGAAAUCGACCAGAGUGACCAGGCCUUCCUGGACGACGACCAGAUGAGCGACGGCUUUUGCCUGACGUGCGUCACUUACGCGACUUCAGAUGUCACAAUCAAGACCCACUGUGAGGAUGAGCUGUAG